UUUCCUUCAGCCCCCAAGAUUACUGGACAGCUUUCAAGCUUGUUUUGUCUGUAGACCUCUUGCAACAACGCAAAUCACAUUGUCCAACACGUCGGAACCUAAACUCCUGUUCAUAGCUUAGUAUCCUGAACCCUUGGUAUUUGUGAUAUUACACUCUGGCGAUGGCACCACAUAUCCUCAAGCAACUCCGCUAUAUCGCUUUCGGAGCUGCAACUACUUGGUACUUCAACGUUCCCAAGCACAUCUCUGAGGUGUUGGAUAGGGGUGUGACAACUCUCCCAGGAGCUUUGACUGUCACAAGUAUUGCUCUGCAAAUACUUGCUGUCGGAGUAUUUCUUUACAUCUUGGUUUAUCUUCCUCGCAUCAAAGGGAUUCAUCCUGACUACUCUCAUUGGCCGCAAAAUGAACUAUCUACUGCGGUCCCAUGGCUAACGUUCGGGAUUAUUGGGGGAUGGAGCUCCCUCUUCUAUGCACUCUGGAGCUAUACAGAACUCGUGCUCUGGAAGAGCAUCGUAGCCAGUCUUGGGUUCUAUGCUCUGACAGUGGGCAUUAUCGGGCUGAUCCCAACUCCAACACCGCCUCCCCGACCAGAAGGUGCCGAAGAGGAUGACUCGACCCCGGACGGAAAUCACUCUCAUCACGACUGAAUUUCUGAGGUUUCUCGUUUGUGCGAAACGCCUUGAUUGAUCACGUCUAUUGGAUCUAUUGGAUAUGAGAAUACCUUGCUAUCAUGGAACUUUGGCGGGAGUAUCAGCGUUUGUGCGAACACUGCGUGCAUCGGUAUCCAACCCUCACUGUAGCCCAUGUGGGUUCGAGAACACAGAUCUAUGACUCUGGGCGUUAUCCAGAGAAUUGAUUGCAAAUGUAAACGUCAAUCGGUU